GGAAAUAUUUAAAUGUAUAUUUAUUUAUCUAAAAUAUAAUUUUGACUAAGGCACUCGUCUUCCGGCUUCUUCCCUCCUCGUACUGUACAUCAUUACCUUCCCCAAUCUUGCGUUUUCUCACCUGAACACUAAACUUUUAACACCAUGGAACAAGCUCUCUAGUAGCUACCUAAUGAAGCUUCACUGCAUCAAUUUAUCUGGCUAUGGCGUUUCAACACUUUGAACCAAUCUUUUCCGAACCCAAACUGGAGUGGAAAACUCACACUUCUUCACCUUUGCGUCCUUUUUUGUUCCAUGCUUACGCUCCUGAUUCUUCUCACUUUGUAAUUCAUGUCACUGAUUUCCACUCUGAUACUUGGGAAGCUCAUCUUUCAGUUUCAUUGCUUGAGGACAUUAGGGAUAUUAUUGGAAUAGGGGGGUCUUGGUCAGAGUUUAUUGAUUAUUUUGUAACUUCCCUCAAGUCAGAAGAUCUGAAGCUGGUUCUUGAGGCAGAUUCUAAUUCAGAUGGCGUCAGUUCUGCCAAAUUAAUUGCUCAAAAAUCAAAAGGAAUGCCUCUUAUCACCAUUCCUCUCAUCAAACUUGUGGACUCCAGUGCUAGUGAAGCUGUAUCAAAUUUAUCCUUGGGCCUCUUUAAGGCAUUCAAAAGUAUAAAAUGUUCUCUUGUAGAUGUGCAGGAACGCUCUGUCCAGUUGACAAACAUGAUGGCAGCUGAGAAGGAAAGAAAUGAAACCGUACAAUUGGAUCGACGGCAAAAGUUUCAAAAAAUUAGCGACUCAGAGAAAGCAGGUGUUUCUAAUAAUGGAACGCAAAACUCUCCAGGUAAGCAAACAGCUCAGGAUACAGGUGCUGCAAAAGUUAAGAAUCGUGCAAUGCCAGCAUAUCGUAGGGCCAAAGUAAGAGGGGCGGUCUUGCGCGAUAGUGAUCCUGAGUCUUAGUCGAUAAUUCAAACCAGCUGUUCUAUAGGAAGUUAAAAGUUUGUCAAGACUCUGUUUAUUUCCUUUUCAAUAUAUUUGUACUAUUUAUUGUAUAGCAUGGAAAUCAUAUAUUACUAGUUUGUCCGGUCACAUAAAUUUCAGUUUUUCUUUCACUUGUCAACUAUGAAAAUGAAAAUUGCUCAUUUGAUA